CCGAACACAACCAUCUCUUACCAUCUCCGGGUUCCAGAGACGGCAAAUGAAGCUCUUCCGGCGAUGCUGGGUGUCAUGGCUGCCGUUGUUCAUACUCCUUCCUACGUGCUUCCAAUGCGCGCAGUCGCAGCUGCUCGACCCGUCGCAAGCGGCGGUGCUGGAGGAGUGUCAGACGGAGUGGCAGGUGCGGUUCAAUGAGUGGACCAACGGCGGGGACUGUGGCAAGGCGGACGCCAUUCAGUGCGACGACCAAGGCAUGAUCACCAAGAUGUCGCCCCAAGGCUACGUGUUGCAGGGCUCCCUGCCCGCGUCCAUUGGCAACCUCGUCUCCCUCACUUACCUUGACUUCUACGGAGCAAGGCUGAACGGGACCAUACCUGACACUAUCGGCCAGCUCACCGCUCUCACACACCUCAUGCUGUGGUUCAACUAUCUAGACGGCACCAUACCCUACACCAUCAGCGCGCUCACCAACCUCAAAGAGCUAUGGCUGGGCAUGAACCAGCUCUCAGGGACCAUUCCAGAUGAAAUCAGCUCUCUCACUGCGCUCACCUGGCUUGACCUGGGCAACAACCAUUUCUCGGGCCCCAUUCCCCAUUCCUUGGGGCUGCUCUCCAACCUGCGGGAACUCAACAUGGGCAGCAACAGGUUGACUGGCAGCAUACCGCCCUCGCUGGGACACCUGUCAGCCCUCGAGAGCCUCAACCUGAUUCACAACCAGUUCUCAGGCUCCCUCCCUGCCACGCUAGGCCAGCUCUCCAGCCUCACCCGCCUCUGGUUUGACCGGGACCGGGUGCAGUGCGCGGCGAGGGGCCCGUGCGAGGUGACUCAGCUGCCUACCUCCCGCUACUGCGCCGCCUGCAGUGGCUUCUGCGCUGCAUGCUCCAACGACUCAGGCGUUGCAACCUACUCCUCCCCUACCUCUGCCACCAAAGUGGCAUUGGCAAACCUCUCUCCACCGGCUUAUCUUCUACCCUGUGUCCUGCUUCUGCUGCUCCUGUUCUAAAGCCAUAUCACGGGCCAAUGAAUGGACCCUUUUCUCCUUUUUCUCUAUGGUACCGUACUCCUGUGCAUCUUGAGGGAAAGGGUUCUUCUCUCAGUCCUUGGCACUGCGGUGCUUUAUGGGUGGAGCCUGAUGAGGGGUAGUCGGAUUAGAGGCAGUAGUGAAUCAAUUGCCUCGGGUAGGAGGAUCUUGUUCAUGAUACCGCGUGAAUCCAUACUAUGCAUGCAUUGUUGAAGGAUAGACGUGAUAAUGGUUGCUUCUAC